AUGACGGAGGCCACUUCUUUAUCGUCGUCCACCACCUUCAUGGUCAGUGACGAGCCCUCGAGCUCCAGCAUCAAGAAGACGAGCAAAGAAACAACUCCGGAAACAGCAGAACUACAACAACUACAACCACAAGAAGAACACCAGGACGAAGAAGGCGGGGAGGAGCAGGACGAACAGAAGAGCAGCAGCAGCGGCGGCGGCGGCAGCACGAUGAUGAUGCUGCAGGCCACCGGCACGCGGCAUGCGGCGCCCUCGCCCCUGGGACCCAGCGAGGCCGGGGGCAAGCUGCCCAAGGGCGGCGCGGCCGGGGUGGUGGAGGGCGUGGGUGUCGUGGUGGGCCAGUACGAGGUGGCCCGCGACCGCCUGGCGGGGCAGCUGCGCGAGGUGGAGGCCACCCUCGACCGCGGCGACGAGGGGACGGGCGAGGGCCUGCAGGACGGCCACGGCGACGCUACUCAACACGGCAGCGGCGCCGCCGCCGCCACCAGCACCACCACCAGCAGCGGCGCCGGCGGCAGCAGCGAUGGGAGCGGCGGGGCCGAGGUGAGCUUUGAGGAGCAGUUCCGGUCCAUCAACGCCAAGCUCCUCUCCGCCGAGGAGAGGAUCAAGCGCAAGACCAGCUUCGCCAAGGCCGCCACCUCCGCUGCCGCCCUCGACCCGCACGACGGCCCCUCGGGCGGCGGAGCCACCGUAUCGAAGGCUGAGUACGACGAGCUGGAGGAGGAGAAGACCAAGAUAGAGGAGGAGCUCUGGGAGCUCAAAUUCCAAUACGAGGAGGAGCAGCGCAAGGUGUUCGCCCUGACCAGCGAAAAGGAGGCCCUCGAGCAGUACGUCACACAGCUCGCCGAGGAGAUGCAGAAGGAGACGGCCAACAUGGUCUCCAUGAAGGAGCAGUUCGAGGAGCAGGCCUCCCCCGCCGGGCGCCGCUCGGUCUCGCGCAACAGAACGUCGCGCGGCGGGGCCUCGCCGGAGGGCGCCACCAUAACCGCGACGGCCGACGCGGACGGCGACGAAGCGGCGUCGGGCGCGGGGGGCCGCGCGCACGGGUCGACGGCGAUGAUGGACGCCGACACGCUGGCGGUGGAGCUGGCGCUCAAGGACGAGGAGCUGUCGCGACUGCGGGACUCGAUCGAGCGCGAGCGGCGGAAGAUGGAGGGCGAGAUCGUGUCGCUCAAGUUCGACCUGCAGAAGGUGCGCAACGAGGUCAACGUGCGCGAGGGCAAGAUGGCGUCGAUCAAGCUCGAGCUCGAGAAGGGCCGCAAGCGCGUCGAGGCGAUCGAACUCGAGCGGCGCACGCUCGAGCAGGAGGCGGCGCGCGCGACGGAGGCGGCGGCCGAGAGCGACCGGCUGCGGGCCGAGGCCGAGAAUGCCGAGCGCGCGGCACGUGCGGAAUGCGAGGAAUUCUCCCGGCGCGUGGCGGUGGCCGACGCUGAGGUGGCCCGCCUGCGCGACGUGCACGAGGAGGCCACGCGCGCGCUCGCGGCCCAGGCCCAGGCGGCGGGGGGCACCAACCGCGAGGCCAUCCGGCAGGUCGAGGAGCGGGUCGGGCUGCUCCGCCAGGAAUGGGAGCGGCUGCGCGAGAAUGAGCGGAAUCUCACGAAUGCCAGUGUCGACACCGGCGCCGGCGUCGACGCCGACCACGGCGCGCGGUGGGCCGUCGAGGAAUUCGUGCGCGAGCUGCAGGGGCGCGUGGGGCGGCUCGAGCGCGAGAAGGAGGAGGAGAAGGCGCUGCAGCGCGAGGUCAAGGACGAGCUGCACCGGCGCAUCCGCAAGCUCGAGCGCGAGCGCGACGACGAACGCGAACGAACGCGCGAGGCGCUCGACCGCGCCCGCGGGCUCGACGACCAGCUCCGCGCGGCGGUUGACGCGGCGGAGCGCGAGCGAGCCGACCGGCGGCGGGCGGAGGAGGCCAGCGCGCAGCUGGGCGAGCGGCUCGCGCAGUACGAGGCCCUCGGGCGGGGCGAGGUGGAGCGCGGGCAGCACCUGUUCCUCGACCGCGAGAAGGAGCUGCGGCAGGCGGUGGAGGAGCGGGAGAGCCAGCGGCGCAAGAUCGAGGCCGAGGUCAUCAUGCUGCGGGUCGAGCUCCAGCGGGUCCAGGCCCAGGCGGCCGAGGCCGGCUCGCUCGCUGCCGAGCUGGCCGACGUGCGCGGGCAACUCGCCCAGGCCAAGCUCGAGUCGCAUCAGCGGGAGGUGGAGCACCAGGCCAAGGUGGAGGGGCUGGAGGAGCGGAUGCGCGUGUGGGAGGAGCGACACGAUCCACAGGCGCGCGAGCGGGAGGUCGAGGAGGCGCGCGCGAAGGACCGACGCAUCGCGCAGCUCACCGCCGAACUCGCCGCGCAGGCCCAGCUGGUGGCCUCCCAACAGGAGAUGCACGAAAACAGCCUGCAGGCCCUCAAGACACAAAACUCUCUUCUCUCGCGCGAGCUGGAGCGACUGGAAGAUCAGCAGACGGAGAUGGCGAAGGAGAAGGACGAGACCAGCCAGCACCUGCAGGGCGAGCUCCAGUCCCUGCGACAGGCCUACAAGGCCCUCCUGCAGCAGCACGGUCCCAACUCACCGUCGACAGCGCGUCGCGAUCAGGAGAAGGACGCCGCGCUCAGCUCGCUUCGCGAGGAACUCGACAACGUCAAGCGAGAUUUGUUCUAUACAACGGCCGUGGGCAUCAAACUCAAUCUCACCUACUCGGGCCGAAGCUGCAACAUCAACAUCGGGUCGCUAUACGAGAAGGCUCUGGCUGAGGGAGUUAAGUGGCAGCAGUGGAACCGGUGGAUUCACGAUCAGGCCGAGCGGCGACAAUGA